AUGGCACCCUUACCGUCACUCUCCAAGCUCUCGAGGAUAGCAACCGUCUUCUUCCUCACAUCACUCAUUACAACAACACAAGCAGCAAGCCUCUUCCCUCGACAGGCGGCAACAUGUGGGGGCAACACAGGCCUCCAGCAGUGCGGAGGGACUUUCCCAUCCAGCUUCUGCUGCCCAGCAGACACAACAUGCAUGUCUCUCAACAGCGGCGACGUGCAAUCCGUCAUCUGCUGCCCGGCAGGCUCUGACUGCGCUUACGUCCAGACCAUAACCUGCGAUGUUACUCAGCUCAAUGCUACUCUGCAUCCAGACAACCAGGUGCAUCUUUCUGACACAACAAACGUCGAGCUCCCCACGUGCGGAGACAAGUGCUGUCCACUGGGCUACUCAUGCAAAGGCAGCAUGUGCUCCAAGGACACAUCCUCUUCUCCGACUCCUACGUCUUCCACAACCGCGACCUCCACCGCGUCUGCAACACCAUCCUCCACACUCCCUGCAUCUGCAUCACAAACCUCGGGAUGUCCCGCGCCUGUCCAAACACAACAAGGCUUUGACGGUAAAUCCUUUGCCGCUGGCCUCUUCCCGGGUAUCGUCAUCGGCGCCCUCGGUGCACUAGGCCUCCUCUGGGUGAUAAGGAAGCGUCGCGAGUCCCAAGCCAACCGAUACUCGGGCGACUUCGGACACGUCACCCGCCAGAUCAGCGACCCCAUCUACGACCCCCAGCACGCAGCCCGCACAGACUUCAUGCGCCGGGGCUCGCAGUCAGUGCAGCCGUCUCCCAACUCCUCAUCAGGCAUGAUCCAGAACAAAGCCAACACCAACACAACAUGGCAGCCCGUCACUGGAACAGGCCUCACCCCUCGCAUAAAGAGUAUGUGGGACCGCACCCCAUCCCUGAACUUUGGUUUCUCCCCUGCAGCCCCGGCCGCCGCCACUGUACGCGCCGGCCGCGAUCGCGACCCCUACACAACCCCCCGCCAAACCCCAAAGCGCAUCCACUCCCAGCGCCGCACUAGCCGCACGCAAAACUCCGACACAACGAGGGUGCCCGGUCCGUCGUACCGCCCGGCGCCUGCCCGUGCCGAGAGCACGGAAACAAUAGACGUCCUGAUGCCCGCACCCAGCUUCCUCGAGCCGCCCCGCGGCCCGGCUAUGCACGAGAACAGGUUCACGGCUGCGUCGAAUAACACGACGUUCACCAAGUUGAUGGAGCGUGCGGGGUUCAAUGAGGAGGAGAGGAGGGACUGCCGGAGUCCUGAGAAGUUCUAA